AUGCUUAUUCUUAUUGUUUUUUAUUUGUGGGAUUUACUCAUUAUUAUUACAACUAUUGUUGCUGGUCAACAACAUUUACAAACUCAAACAUUUGACAUCACUAUUGGUGGUGUUUUUACAGAUAGAGACGAAGGAACAGAAACUCAAAGUAUGGAAAAUAUAUUUAAAUACGCUAUUUUUCAUUAUAAUCGUUUGGCUAAAGAAGCACAUAAUCUUUCAUUUAAAAUACGUAUUAAAGAAGAAACAUUAAGUUUAAUUGCUGCUGAAUCAGCUGUACAAACUGUUCAUGAUGUUUGUUCACUUAUACAUCAACGUCAUGUACAAGGUAUAUUUGGUCCACCUUAUCCUGAAUUAGCUACACUUGUUCAUUCAAUAUGUUAUCAUGUUGAUAUACCAUUUAUAAAUGUAUGUUCAUCAUGUUAUGAUGUUGAAAAUCCGGAUGAAGAACCUAAUGAUUAUAUUGAACAAAUCCCAAGACGUGAUCGCAUGUCUAUUAACUUAUAUCCGUCCAAUCAAGAUCUUAAUAUCGCUUUUCAUAGUUUAAUUUAUAAACUUCAAUGGACUAAAUUUCUUAUUAUAUAUGAUAUAGAUUCAGGUUUGACACGUCUACAAAAAUUGCUCAACGAUCCUGGUGUCAAUAAAACCGAUGUUCUUGUACGUCAAUAUACACAUUAUAAAGAUCGUAGUGUACUUAUUGAUGCUAUUGGACGAGAUAUUAAUAAUAUUGUAUUAGAUUUAAAUGAUGCUAAUACACGUAUUGUACUUAAAAUGGCUUUACAAAUGGGAAUGAUUAAUUCAAAUUAUCAUUAUAUAUUAACAACAUUAAAUAUUGAUACAUUUGAUUUAGAAGAUUAUAAAUAUAAUUAUGUUAAUUUAACAGCUUUUCGAUUAUUUAAUCGUCGUGAUUCACGUGUAUUAAUGGCAAUGGAAUCAUUUUUUGCAUUUAAAACAAUGUCAAAUAAUGAAAUAAAUCGUCGAUUAUUUACAACUUCAGUGGCAUUAUGGGCUGAUGCAUUACUUGCAUUUGCUUAUGCAUAUGAUAAAUUAAUUGCAUCACAAAUACGUCUUGGUGUUGAAUUACAACGACCAAAUAUUUCAUGUAGUGAUGGUCGAGGAUGGCCAUUAGGAAUUGAACUUCAUUCAAAAUUUAAUCAAAUUUCUUUUGAUGGAAUAACAGGAAAAGUAAAAUUUACACCAAAUGGAGAACGAACAGGAUUCGAACUUGAUGUUGUUCAUUUAUCAGAAAGUGGUAUUUCAAAAAUUGGUUCAUGGUCCCGUGAACAAGGUGCAAAUUUUACAUUAACACCUUCGGCACGUAGUGGUUUAUUCAAUUCAACAUUAAUUGUAACAACUAUUGUUGAAGCUCCUUAUGUUGUUUUUAAAAAUAAUCAAAGUAUAACUGAAUUAUUAAAUCAAAAUUAUACAAAUGAUGAUUUUGAAGGUUUUUGUGUUGAUUUACUUAAAGCAUUAUCACGUAUACUUAAUUUUCGUUAUAAAAUAAAACCUAUAACAACAUUACGUUAUGAUGAUAUGGUUGAAGAAAUUAAAAAUAAAAGAGCUGAUUUAGCUGUCGCACCAUUAACUAUUAAUUAUGCUCGAGAAAAACAAAUUGAUUUUACUAAACCAUUUCUUAGUUUGGGUAUAGCAAUUCUAUUUAAAUUACCAAAACGAGAAAAAGCAGGUUUAUUCAGUUUUUUAAGUCCACUUUCACUUGAAAUAUGGAUUUAUACAUUUGCUGCUGUAUUUACAGUUAGUUUUAUUUUAUUAUUAAUAGCUCGAUGUUCACCUGAUGAAUGGCGUAAUCCAUAUCCAUGUGAUACAGAUUAUGAUAUACUAGAAAAUCGUUUUACUAUUAGUAAUACACUUUGGUUUUCUAUUGGAACAUUAAUGCAACAAGGUUCUGAUGUAAGUCCAUCGGCAAUAUCUACUCGUCUUGUAUCUGGUAUAUGGUGGUUUUUUACAUUAAUUCUUAUAUCAUCUUAUACUGCUAACUUAGCUGCAUUUUUAACUGUUGAAAAACUUGUUAAUGAAAUUGAAAGUGUUGAAGAUUUAGCAAAACAUACAAAAAUAAAAUAUGGAGUUGUUCGUGGUGGUUCAACUGAACAAUUUUUUCGAGAAUCGAGCAUUCCAACUUAUCAAACUAUGUGGAAAUAUAUGAUAAAUAAUCCAGAUGUAUUUGUUAGUACAAAUCAUGAAGGUAUUGAACGUGUUCAAGCUGAAAAUUAUGCAUUUCUUAUGGAAUCAACAACAAUUGAAUAUACAGUACAACAAAAAUGUAAUUUAACACAAAUUGGUGGUCAUCUUGAUUAUAAAGGUUAUGGAAUUGGAUUACCAGAAGGAAGUCCACAUCGUGAACGUUUUUCUGAAAUAAUUCUUGAUUUACAAGAAAAAGGAGCUAUUCAAGAAUCUUAUGAUAAAUGGUGGAAAGGUAAAGGAAAAUGUCCAACACAAAAAAAAGAUCCCAAACCAAAUCCAUUAGAUUUAACAAAUGUUGGUGGAAUAUUUGUGGUGCUUCUUGGUGGUGUUUUUCUUUCUUUACUUGUUGCUAUCUUGGAAUUUUUAUGGCAUGCACGUAAAAAUCAUGCAAAUCGACGACAUUCUGUUUGGUGGGAAUUAAUAAAAGAACUUCGAUUUUCUAUUCAAUGUGGUGCUUCAAAUCGUAAAGCACUUAUUGCUCGUCGAUGUUCACAAUGUACAGUUGAUAAUGAUGAUAUUGAAUUAAAUGAAAUUCCUCAAGCAAAUCAAUUAUUACAUCGUACACAUAGUAAUCGUUCAUCAUCAUCAAUAUCAGCUAAUACAACCGGAAGUAAUUUACAAGUUUCAAAACGUCGUACAACAACAGAACGAACAGGAGAUUCUGAUAAAUUUGAUACAUUACUUAUGCUUGCUGCUGAACGAACAAAUUAUCUUGAUAAUCGUCGUAAAAAAUAUUUUUAUGAUUCUCAUAUUGAUAGAAAACAUCGUCAUUUAUCGAGUUCACCACAACGAAAAGAUAUUCCACUUGUAUUAAUUGAAAAAUAUACAUCCGAUCAAGAAUCAAAUCAACGUCCUCAUCAAGUUCAUUUUUCUACUAAUGGAGAUUCAACUGCUCGAAGUAGUUUACGAAUUCCGCAUAAUGAAGAUGAUGAUGAUGUAAAUGCAGCCGAUAUAUCAUCUGGUUCAACAUCAUCAAUGAAUCUUCAUCCUUUACCACGUGUUUCUCGAUUGUGA